GACCUCGCAUGCGAAGUUACCAUCAAAUUCGCGGCGCCGCCGAAGAUUGCCACAAAACCUCUUUUCGCACCCGCUACGGCAGCUACGAAUACUUGGUGAUGCCUUUUGGCCUCACGAACGCGCCCUCGACAUUUCAGAUGACCAUGAACGGCAUUUUCAGGGAACUCUUGGAUAAAUGCGUUAUUAUCUACGUCGACGACAUACUAAUCUACCGCUGCAGCAGGGAGCAGCACUUACGAGAUCUUGAUGCAGUCUUCACGCUGCUGCACAAGAAUCGCCUCAUCACAAAAGGGUAUAAGUGCGACUUUCUUAAGCAGGAGUUGGAGUUUUUUUGCCACGUCGUCUCUACCGAAGGAGUGAAAAUCGACCCCAAAAAAAUCAAGACCAUACAGGAGUGGAAGCCGCCAACCAACAUAAAGAAGCUGCAGAGUUUUUUGGGUUUCGUCAACUACGUGCGCCGAUUUAUCCCGAAUAUGGCUGGGUUAUCUGCCUCGCCAACUGACCGACUCAAGGAUCACGAUUGUUUUUGGUGGGGAGAGAAGCAGCAAGCUGCAUUCAACCAACUGAAGAUCGCCCUCACGUCGUCGCCCGUUCUUCGCAUCUCCGAUCCCGACCGUCCAUACGAAUUCAUCUCCGACGCCAGCGACAUCGCCAUCGGAGCAGUCCUCCUACAGGAUUUCGGCGACGGAUUACAGCCGGUCGCCUACGAAUCACGGAAGCUGCAGGGCGCGGAAACAAACUACACAGUCCACGACAAGGAAAUGCUAGCGAUCGUCCACGCGUUCAAGACCUGGCGGUGCUACCCGACAGGCGCUGACGUCACGGUGCGAACUGACCACAGAUCCUUACAGUACCUGCGUGCCCAACCGAAUCUCAACCCGCGACAGAUCCGAUGGCUCGAUUUCCUCGAGUCGAAUCUCCAUUACACCAUCACCUACAAACGGGGUGCCAACAAUAUUGCCGAUGCCCUGACUCGACCCACUGCCCAUACCGCCGCCAUACUAGUCGCCCAGACCAGCCCACUACUUACCUGACUAUUUACCCACAGCUACAAGAUCG